AUGGGAGCUUGUAGUGGAAUAUGUGGAUAAAGCAAUACGGAUCACACAAUAGUUAAUGGGAAUCAUGUGAAUCAGUCAGAUUUUGAAUAAUAGAUUGAUUAGGGUCUAAAAGGAUCAGGACAUUCAGUUAGAUAAUCUCAACAAUCUUCAGAUGUGAAUGUUCCUUAAGUUCAUUAUGAUAAUGAUCAUUAUGAACAACUAAAGCGAUCAAACUAGAGGUUUGAAGAAAUAAAAACUUAAUUAUAACAUGAUUCUUUUCUUGAAAAAUGUGAACCGGUAACACUUGAAACAGGAGCAAUUUAUACUGGAUAGUGGAAGGAUGAAUAAAGACAUGGUUGGGGGAGGUAAGUUUGGCCAGAUUAAUCAGUAUAUGAAGGAGAAUGGGUUAAUGAUAAGGCAUGUGGAAGGGGAAAGCUAAUACAUGCAGAUGGAGACAUUUAUGAUGGUGAAUGGGCUAAUGAUAAGGCUAAUGGUUUUGGAAGGUAUUAUCACAGCAAUGGAGCAACAUAUCAAGGAUAAUGGAAAGAUGACAAGUAAGAAGGAUUUGGUGAAGAAACUUGGCCAGACGGAUCUAAAUACAAAGGGUAGUAUAUAGAUGGUAAAAAACAUGGCAAAGGAAAACUGGAAUUCAUAGAUGGCUCAUUUUAUGAUGGAGAAUUCUUGGCAAAUGAUAUUCAUGGGAAAGGAUUGUAUGUUUGGGCAGACAAGAGACAAUAUAAUGGUGAUUGGUAGAGGAAUAAAAUGCAUGGAUAUGGAUUAACGAAAUGGCCAGAUGGUAGAUCAUAUGAUGGAGAAUAUAAGGAAGAUAAAAAACACGGACAUGGCACAUUUAUUUGGAGUGAUGGAAGAAAGUACAUUGGCUAGUGGGUUGAUGGGAAGUAAUAAGGAUAAGGAGUGUUUAUUAAAUCAGAUGGAACAAGCAAAAGAGGAGAAUGGGCAGAUGGAAAGAGAAUCAGAUGGACUGAUGUUCAUAAAGAGAGCUAUUGA